CCAGUAUCCAUUGCGGCACUCUCUUUGCCAUAUCGUAGUCUCUGGUGCGCACAGGCGAGACGUCAUGUUGUGGCUUGUUCAAGCAUUUCUGGCCGUCGGCCUUGCGGAGGCCCAAACCACCGUUCCUGUAGGUUCAACCAUUUCAACCCUUCUCUCCACCACAACCACGAGUACCUCCACAGACUGCACUCGAAAGGAGAUAAACCCCCGUUGAGGAGCUGUCGCGAUGGUGCAAGGUCUUUUAAAUUUUGCUCUCUCGGUGUUUCCUUUCUUACGUCAAACCGAGAACACCACCAUUCCCAACACAAACGGCACCACCAACGAACUUAACGAUGCAUAUAGCCCCCCAUUUUAUCCAAGCCCUUGGCUCGACGGCUCAGGCGACUGGGCAGAGGCAUACACAAAGGCUCAGGCAUUUGUCUCACAGCUGACUCUGCUCGAGAAAGUCAACCUCACCACAGGUGUAGGCUGGCAGGGAGAAGCAUGUGUCGGUAACGUGGGAGAGAUUCCGCGCCUAGGAUUUCCUUCUCUCUGCAUGCAAGACUCCCCACUUGGUAUUCGAUUCGCCGACUAUGUUUCCGCUUUCCCCUCCGGAGGAACCAUUGCUGCUGCCUGGGAUCGCGCUGAGUGGUAUCGCCGCGGCUACCAAAUGGGUUCAGAACACCGCGACAAGGGAGUUGACGUACAGCUCGGUCCCGUCGUCGGUCCCCUAGGCCGCAACCCCAAGGGCGGUCGCAACUGGGAAGGCUUCAGUCCCGACCCCGUUCUCUCUGGCAUUGCUGUUGCCGAGACCGUUCGAGGCAUCCAAGAUGCCGGUGUCAUUGCUUGCACGAAGCAUUACAUCAUGAACGAACAGGAGCACUUCCGCUCACCAGGAAAUUUCGAAGACAAAGGAUUCGUGGAUGCCAUCAGCUCGAACCUCGACGAUAAGACUCUGCACGAGUUGUACCUCUGGCCUUUCGCCGACGCCGUACGCGCCGGCACGGGCUCGAUCAUGUGCUCCUACAACAAGAUCAACAACUCGCAGGGCUGCCAAAACUCGUAUCUCCAAAACUACAUCCUUAAGGGCGAACUGGGCUUCCAGGGAUUCAUCAUGUCGGAUUGGGAUGCACAGCACUCCGGUGUUGCGAGCACAUUCGCAGGUCUGGACAUGACGAUGCCCGGUGAUACCGACUUCGACAGCGGCGCCUCAUUCUGGGGCACUAACCUCACCAUCUCUGUGCUGAACGGCACACUCCCGCAAUGGCGCCUCGACGAUGCCGCGACUCGCAUCAUGGCAGCAUACUACUACGUCGGCCGCGACAAGGUCGCCAAACCCACCAACUUCAACAGCUGGGCGCUUGACACCUACGGCUUCCAGCACUUCUUCGCCAAAGAGGGAUACGGUCUGAUCAACCAGCACGUGGACGUACGCGACGGCCACACGCAAGCGAUCCGCCUGUCCGCCGCGCGCUCCACCGUUCUCCUCAAGAACGAGGGCGGCGUCCUGCCACUCUCCGGCAAGGAGAAGUUCACCGCGGUGUUUGGCGACGACUCGACCGAGAACCCGUACGGCCCCAAUGGAUGUCCCGACCACGGCUGUGAUAACGGCACGCUGGCAAUGGGCUGGGGCUCAGGAACCGCAUUCUACCCCUUCCUCGUGACGCCUCUCGAGGCCAUCAAGUCUGAAGUCCUCGCGAACGGUGGCGUCAUCCAGUCUGUCGUGGACAAUUGGGCCUACAACCAGAUCGACGCGCUCGCGAAGCAGGCAUCUGUCUCUCUCGUCUUCGUCAAUGCCGAUUCGGGCGAGGGAUACAUCACCGUGGAUGGCAACAUGGGCGACAGGAACAACCUCACGUUCUGGCAGGAUGGUGACAAGUUGAUCAGGAACGUUUCUGCGUCGUGCAACAACACUGUCCUUGUGAUUCACUCGGUCGGUCCCGUCAUCAUCGAGGAAUACAAGAACAACCCCAACAUCACAGCUAUCGUCUGGGCCGGCCUCCCCGGCGAGCAAUCCGGCAACUCGAUCGCCGACGUGCUCUACGGACGCGUGAACCCAGGCGGCAAGACACCCUUCACCUGGGGCGCGCAAGAAUCCGACUACGGCCCGGACCUCAUUUACGAGCCCACCAACAACUCGUCCUCCCCGCAGGACAACUUCAACGAGGGCGUCUUCAUCGACUACCGCAUCUUCGACAAGAAGAACAUCACCCCGACCUACGAAUUCGGCUUCGGCCUCAGCUACACCACCUUCGAGUACUCCGACCUCAACAUCCAGAAGAUCCCCGCAGGCCCCUACACCCCAACAGCCGGACAAACGAAAGCAGCCCCUGUCCUGGGCAACUUCAGCACCGACGCCAGCGAGUACCAAUGGCCCGCCAACCUAACCUACGUCGACAAGUACAUCUACCCCUACCUCAACUCGACCGACCUCCGCGAGGCGUCACAGGACCCCGAAUACGGCAUCGAGGUCGAGCUGCCCGCGGGCGCCCAAGACGGCUCACCACAGUCCCGCAUCCCGGCCGGCGGCGCCCCCGGCGGCAACCCCCAGCUCUGGGACGUCCUCUUCCACGUCACGGCGACCAUCACAAACACAGGCGAGGUGCCCGGCGAGGAAGUCGUGCAGCUAUACGUCAACCUUGGUCCCAACGAGCCGAAGGUCGUGCUGCGGAACUUCGAGAGGUUGAGCGUUGCACCCGGGCAGUCGGCGACGUUUAACGCGGACGUCACGAGGAGGGAUGUGUCGAGUUGGGAUACCGCGUCGCAGAAUUGGGUCAUCACGGAGGAUAAGAAGACGGUUUUCGUUGGGGGCAGCUCGAGGAGUUUGCCGUUGACCGGGGAGUUGGAUCUUUCUGGAUAUGCGACCGGUGGUAAUUGAGGUCCUUUUUUGAGAGUCUUAUUUCACGAUCUUAAUGGUAUCACUACGUGAUGGUGGUGGUGAAUGGGGGUAUUAUUUUAAUCAUUCUUUCCUCUCUUCGAUUCUUCGGGGGGAUCAUUUUUGGAUUCACAUCCCUGACAACGAU